AUGACACGCGCUGGCAUGAAGGGUAAGGUGCUUGGCAAGGAGAAGAAGAUCGCCAUCAUCGAUGCUCGCAAGAAGGCCGUGGAGAGCCGCAGGAGUCGCGACGACAAGCGCUGGAAGCGUGUGAUCGCGAGGAUGGACGAGGAGAAGCGCAAGAGGUUCCAUGGCGUCGGCAACACGGCGAAGAACUCUCGCGCGCGCGGUACGACCCGCGCGUCCCUGCGCAAGCGCACUGGCCGCAAGCCGGACGCUGUGAGCAUGGAGGCGACGAUUCACUUGUCGAAGCUGCUGAAGAAGAAGACCUUCGCGAAGCGCGCUCCGCUGGCGAUCAAGCGCAUCAAGGCGUUUGUGGGUCGUCUGAUGAAGACGAAGGACAACCGCAUUGACGCGUCGCUGAACACGUACAUCUGGCACAAGGGCGUGAAGGGCGUCCCUGGCCGCGUGCGCGUGCUGAUUCAGCGCAAGUCGGAGACGGCGGAGGGCAACAAGCACAAGCAUUUCUUCACGGUCAUCUCGAACGUGCCGGUUGCGUCCUUCAAGGGCUUGACCACGAAGACCGUGGAGCAGUAG